GUCGUGACGUCUCAAUUCUCAACUCAGCCACUCCAUGUACCGUGGCUGGUGGACCAUGUUCUUGAAGGUGAUGUGGCGUGAAACGCAAUCCUCAGACUCCUCGAGCAAGAAUGGCUACCACCAUGACCCCGGAGUCCAAUUUGGAUUGAAAUUCGACGAGCCCUGCCUACUCCUAGCACGGUCGCGGUGGGUUGUUCGUAGAGCUGAGCCAAACCAAGAGAAAAAGCAUUUCGUACUAGGACUCUAGGAGAGGGAGGCCAUGAAGAAGACCGUCGUCCUGUACCCUGGCGUCGGCGUCGGCCACCUGGUGCCCAUGGUCGAGGUCGCCAAGCUGUUCAUCAAGCACGGCCAGUCCGUCAUCGUUGCCGUCGUCGAUCCGCAGGUCGAGUCCACCGACUUCUCAGACGCGGUCGUCCGCGCGAGGGCCUCCAACCCCUCCGUCGCCUUCCACGUCCUGCCGCCGCCGCCCGCCGACUCCAACUCCGACAGCGCGCCCACGCACCCCGUCGUGCAGAUUUUCCGGCUCCUGAAAGCCAUGAACGCCCCGCUCCUCGACUUCCUCCGCUCGCUGCCCUCCGUCGACGCGCUCGUCCUCGACAUGUUCUGCGUCGACGCCCAGGAUGUCGCGUCCGAGCUCGGGCUGCCGGUCUACUACUUCUACGCGUCGGCCGCCGCUGACCUCGCGCUCUUCCUCAACCUGCCGAGCAAGCUCGCCGGCGUUAAGGCAAAGAUAAAGGAGCUCGGCGACUCUGUCAUCAAAUUCCCGGGCGUUCCUCCGUUCAAAGCUACCGACUUGCCCGAGGUCAUGCACAACGAUGAAGUGCUCAAGGCCAUCCUAGGCAUGUUCGACCGAAUGCCAGAUUCCGACGGAAUUCUCAUUAACUCCGUCGAGUCGCUGGAGACGCGGGCGGUGCGCGCUCUCAAGGACGGGCUCUGCGUCCCGGGUCGUGCCACGCCACCGGUCUACUGCAUCGGGCCUUUGGUCUCGGGAGGCGGAGGCAAGGAGCACGAGUGCCUCCGCUGGCUGGACGCGCAGCCGGACCAGAGCGUCGUGUUCCUCUCCUUCGGCAGCAUGGGCACGUUCCCGGUUAAGCAGCUCCAGGAGAUUGCAACCGGACUGGAAAAGUCAGGGCAGAGAUUCCUGUGGGUCGUGCGGAGCCCGCGCAAUCCCGACUACAAGUACGGCGAUUCGCUGCCGGAGCCCGACCUCGACGCGCUCAUGCCGGAAGGGUUCUUGGAGAGGACCAAGGGCAGAGGGCUCGUGGUCAAGUCUUGGGCGCCGCAGGUGGAGGUCCUGCGCCACAGGGCGACCGGCGCAUUCAUGACGCACUGCGGCUGGAACUCGACGCUGGAGGGCAUCACGGCAGGGUUGCCGCUGCUAUGCUGGCCGCUGUACGCGGAGCAGAGGGUGAACAAGGUGCACAUAGUGGAGGGAAUGAAGCUCGGGGUGGAGAUGAGAGGCUACAAUGAAGAGCUGGUUAAGGGCGUGGAGGUGGAAGAGAAGGUCAGAUGGGUCAUGGCGUCCGAGGGCGGCAAUGCACUCAGGGAGCGGGUGACGGCGGCGAAGGUCGCAGCUGCCGAGGCGCUCAAGGAAGGGGGCUCGUCUUAUUUGGCGUUUGUCCAAUUCCUCAACGACAUGGGCACCUCCAUAGUCGCAACCGUUUCAGAAUUAACGUGAAACUUGUUGACCUUGAUAUGUGAUGAUUUGACGUGGCCUAUGUACAUUUCGACAUUAUAUGGGGACUAGGUUUAUUUCUGAGUUAAUUAUAUUAUUUUACAUAAAUUUGUACUACUAUCAGUACUCGCUCAGUUCAUGUGUAUAAGUUAUCUUAAAUUGUACACCACGAUCAAGACGAAGAAAGAAAUAAAUGUUAGUUUGCUAAA